CAACUACAAACAAAUCAAACUGCACAACUGCUGCGCUCAGUCCGACUUUAACACUCAGUACUUAUGCUAUUUGUUACUUCAGAGUGAUCAACAUUACACAACGCUGGACUGGUAAUUUGUCUAAGUACAAUCUUUAUUUUUCACUUUUAGUUUCAUUAUUAUUGCGAUUUCUUGAUGCGUCACUGCAGCAGCAUAAACAUAGGGUCAGCUGAUCUGCUGGAGGUUGAGUUUAAAACCCUGCGACACACUUGCUGCUGCCACACACUGACGAUGAAGGCGUCAGAGGUCAUGGGGCCCCACCGGGCUGAAGCCGGCUCCGUCCUCUCUGUGAUCAAACCCACCAGACACUUCAUAUGGAUUUCAAUGUGUCACCUGUUCAUCUUGACUCAGAUGUCUGCCUCCUUGUUCGUGUCUACUGCUGUGUUCAUCCGCUCGGACGACUUCUUCAUCAGCCCCUUUCGAAUGUGUCUAACACACGAAGACGGUGAAGUGCGCCUCUCUCCUUUGUGUGGAGCUGAGAUUGAGAUAACCAUUAACCCCCUCUUAGCAGUGGUUAUCUUGGGUUUGUUAAUUCCUGUGGUGCUGGUGCCCUUUUCCCUGUUGGCCGUUAUGUUCGCGGCCUACACCAAGGACGGAUCCCUGCUGUGGGUUAGCGUGCUCUGUCAGGCUGCGUCAAGCCUCCUCAUGCUGACCGGCAUCAUCGGGUUUUUGUUCCUCAAUCUGCCGUUUCUGGCCUGGGAAAACAUGACCAUCUGGUUUCACAACUGUGUGGCCGUGCAGGUCGAGCUGGUGAUCACCACUGUGCUGACCCAUGUGUUGAGGAGGAGGCUAUAGUCCGACUGGUCUGACUGGAAGUAGUCGCAUCCAAACUGUCCCUGCUUCAGCUUUACCUAAGUGUGCAUGAAGAUUGAAAAAAAAGGACGUGAUUUUCAUCUGUGAAAAUCAGAAGGAAAAAAUGAAUAAUCAACCCACCAACCAACAAGCAAAUUUGAGUGGAACUAUUAUCAUAACAUUAUUGUUCGACCUUAGUUGCAACAUGCAACUUCACCACUGGAUGUCACUAAGUUCAACACACUGAACAUUUAAGCUAAUGAAAACCAAAGCAGUUAUGACUUAUUAAUUAUGAAUCGUUGAAUUCCAUUUUUGUUAAAUCUGUGUUUUCGAUUUCCCUCAUACAAUGACUGUGCAGUAUUGUGGUCAGUAUAUUUCAUUUUCACAUUGUUCAGUGCUUUGUUUAUGGAAACCUCAGAAUAUUUCAGCUUUGAUUUCUCAACUUAACAUCUGCAGUGAUUUAUUGUGACAUUAACACGGAUGAAAAAAAGUUGAAGAAAUGCUGAAUUUGAAUAUGAAUAAGUAGAAGUUCUAGUGACACUAAAUACUCAGGGAUGCUGCGUUUAUAUCAUAAUCUGUGCUUAAUAAACAUCUUUUACUGAAUUGAAAAA